AUGCAUUCAAAGAAGAACCGGCUCUGGGUGGAAUGCAUAGUUUAUAAGGUGGCAACUCUACUAGCCGCGGCGGUGGCUUUUGCAUCGGCCGAACACGGUAACGCUUACUCGUACAACCACUUCGAGGGACCGGUCAGCGGCCCUGUGCACAAGAUAACAGUACCUCUAGGUCUGAAAGACGGUGAUCACGACGGACAGCAUGCACAGGCGUUCGACUACGUGGCCAAGCCCGACUAUAAGUUUGCAUAUGGAGUUGAAGAUCCUCACCGUGGAAACUCUCAAAGAAGAAAGGAAUCUAGAGACGGAGAUAAAGUACAAGGUGAAUAUAGUUUAAUCGAACCUGACGGUUCCCUUCGUGUUGUUAAAUACACCGCUGACCUCAAGAAUGGUUUUCAAGCUAUCGUCCAACAUACCCCAUCCCACGCCAGCGGUUACAAGCAGCCCACGGUCACUAAAUAUCUUGUCAGUCAUCGACCAAAUGAAGGAGCUGCCCAGGAAGGAGGUCAUCAACAGUACCAACAUUAUCAUGUCCAACCACUACUAGAACAGGUAAAGAAACAAGAGCAGCAAAAGUCUGCCGAAGUGGUUCAAAAUCAGGAACAAGAUGAGGAUGAUAGCAGCAGUCGUCAAGAGGAAGAACAGGAAUCACCAAAAGUUAAUGAAAAUUUUUAUGAUAGGGAAAGUCAUGAAUCUUAUGCGACUUCUGAGUCCGGUGAGACAGAUGAAUCUCACCACAAUGUGAAAACCGAGUCGCCGGUGAGCUAUCAUCGUAUCCAGUUAGAAGAAGAAAGUGAAGAACGCGUUUAUUAA